AUGCGUCCUGGUGCCUAUAGAAACCAGAAGAGUGUGAUGGGUCUCCUGGAACUGGAGUUGUGCACAGUUGAAAGCUACCUUGUAGUUUCUUUUGUUUUUCUUAAGAAGUGGGCAUUCUUAUAUUCAUAUUUUACAGGUAAAAAGCUCCAAGGAAAGUAUCUCAGAAUCGUCUCCUCCGUCUCUCCUGCUAAGCUCUACGGCUGCUAUGCAGUGAUCGCCGUCCUCACUGCAGCAGUAAUUGCACUGACUGUUACACUGUCAGAAAAAGAAAAGAAAGAACGGGUCUCAAUCAAAAAUAUCUGUGCUGUUUGCCCAAAAGAUUGGAUUGGAUUUAGGAGUAAAUGUUUUUAUUUUUCUGAAGACAUGAGAAACUGGACAUUCAGCCAGACUUUCUGUAUGGCACAGGAGGCCCAUCUAGCUCAAUUUGACAGCCUGGAUGAGCUGAAUUUCCUGAUGAGAUACAAGGGUGAUUCUGCCCACUGGAUCGGCCUGCACAGAGAGUCAACACAACACCCAUGGAGGUGGACAGACAACACUGAAUAUAACAACUUGGUUCCCAUCCGAGGAGAAGGAGAACGUGCCUACCUGAGUGACAGAGGGAUCAGCAAUGGCAGGGACCGCACGCCUAGGAAGUGGAUUUGUAGCAAGCCUGAUAGCUAUUUACAGUACCCAGAAGUUUCAUAGCUUGUGUCAAAGCAAUCAUGAGAGACCUGUAACAUGUUAUCUACAGUCACUGCCUCAUUUCUUUAUCAUCUAAAAUUAUCAAAAUCAAUGCAUAAUCUGUGGUGACAUCCAAUAUGAAAACUGUCAUAGAGAACUAUACUUAUCGGUGCUUUGGAGCCUAUGGGAAAUUCUAAAUUAAAUCAGUGUUUUGAUACGAGUUUGUGCUCAUCGUAUCUUAAACCUAAAGUACAAUCACGUCAGUAUUAAUGACCUCCACUUUUAUGACCAGAUAUGAAAGUUUUUCCAUUAGUUCUUUUUUUGAAUGGCAGAUAAAUUAAAAAAUGAAGGGAGGACAGGAUUGAGCUAAGAUGGCUGUAGCACACACAGCUCCCUGCAGAGGAUUAGAGGGAGAAGCAGAGGAGUAGAGUCUCUCCUGCAUCCUCUCCCAUAGCUCUGGGUAUCCUGCACCAGGCCUCAUCACUGGUCUGCAGCCACCAAGGAGGAGCCUCACACACCAACGCCUCAGCCUCAGCAACCCAAGCCAAAGCCAGAGUGGUGUCCUGCUGUUAGAAAAUCAGGGAAGAGUGUCAGAGAGAUUGGUUGUAUCUCCAGUAAAUGUGCCCUGGCAUGUAUGGAAUAUCUGUUGUCAAAACUUUUAAAAAAAUGUUUGAAGAUUGAUUCAAGAUGGUGGUUGGUAGGGUGGGUUCUUGUUCCCAACGGAGACACCGCUGCUGUGGAGCUGCCCAUGGGACAUAGGUACAAAGGUCAUACCUACUGAGUCAGCAGGAAGGCCUUCACCAAGGACAGAGAGAUGUGCAGAGGCCUGGAGCUGUAGUGGAUCCUGCCUCAGAUACUCUGCCCAGCUGAAAGAUCAUUCUGUUUCUGAGCAACCACAGGAUAUCCCAGACUAGUCUCAGUGGUAGUCUAUGAUUACCCUGGCUCUGAGCAACAUCAGGAUGUCUGUGAUAGAGAACAGUUCAUUUUCUGGAUUGGGCCUCCUCAAAAAACAAAGCACUGGCAGGGUGGUAAGCAGCAGCCUGGAUCUCUCCCCACCUCUGUCCUUUAAUGUACUACCCAGCUCCACGACCACCCUGACUCUGAGCACCGAUGGGAUGUCCAAGAUGGAGAAUGGUUCAUUUUCUGGAUUGGGCCUUCUCAAAAAAUCUCCAUUGUGUGUGCUGCCAUUCCAUGUUGCUUUAUGUGGUCCAUGCUACAGUUGGGGUGUCCAUUUUUCUGUCUGCUGCUGCAGGCUGUGUUGAUACCCAUGGAGCAUAUUGUUACUGGAGACCAUAUGUAUA